GCGGGUGUGUGCGUGUCGGCGUGCCUUGCGUGGAGCAGAGAUUGCUGCACCCAGCGCCAGGCACUGGAGGAGGAGGAAUCCGUAGCAGAGAUCUGAAUAAUUGAUUCUUCAGCAGCACCAGACGCCCGGGAGCGGGCGGAGAGCGUGGUUUCAGCACCAAGGUUGCGCGCCACCGCAAGCUCCCCCCGCCCCCGUCACCAGCCAGACACCUAGGUCGGCCUUGUUCCGCUGCCGCCGUGCGCUCCAGAAGAGGGUGGCCGCGCUCCGCGUCGCCGCCUAGGGACUGCGGGGUCUGCCUCGGCCCGCCUCCGGGGUGGGCGGCUGCAGGCGGACCAGAGCUCCAAACAACGUCGGAUUGCGCGGGGGUUGCUGCGUUGCGUCUCGCUGGCUGAGAACAAGUCCUAAGUUGCUGUGGUGGGCGCCUCUGCUUUCCUCUAUCCUCCUAGGCGACCGCAGCAGAAGCGUGCCCUAGGAUCCUGGCUUCUCCAGUGUUGUGAACCGCGGUGGCCAGGCUCUUUCCUGGGCUCCCGCUGACCAAGUGAGGAACCGAACGCCCAGCUCGGAGCUGGCCCUUCAGCGAAAGGGCCGGGAGGGAGCUGCGGUCUGCCUGCGCCCUUCUCGGCCAGGGACCGCGGGGAUCCCCGGCCACACGCGCGCGCGCGCUCCCACACUCACUCACACACACACACACACACACUCACACACUCACGCACGCCAAGCAGGAGCAGGACUGCGGAGAGGGUGUCCAGGCGCGCUCAGAGGACCUGGCAGCCGCUGUCCGGAGUGGAGCAGAAAGCUGAGCCAGGGCUCUAGGAGAGAGGCUCCUGGGGUGCUGUGCCUGAGCAUGGGGCCCGAUGAGCUCUGAGAGUCGCGGCGGCAGCAAUCAGCCCUGGAGAUGACCAGGGGUGGCCACUGCUGAGAACUAUGUGGAGAGAGGCUGCGAGCCCUGCUGCAGAGCCUCCGGCUGGGAUAGCCGCCCCCCGUGGGGGUGAUGCGGACAGCGCGGGACAGCCAGGGGAGCGCGCAGGGGCCGCAGCAUGCGGGAACCCGCUAAACCUGGUGGCUGCUGAGGCGGCCGAGAUGCUCGUGCGCGCAGCACGCCCCAUUGCAUCCUCCACCUUCUCCGGCUACAGGGACCCUAAGUGGCGACCAUGGGCAGACUGGGCUACUGGACCUUGCUGGUAUUGCCGGCCCUUCUGGUCUGGCACGGUCCGGCGCAGAACGCGGCGGCGGAGAAGGGUACUCCGGCGCUGAACAUUGCGGUGCUGCUGGGUCACAGCCACGACGUGACAGAACGCGAACUUCGAAAUCUGUGGGGCCCGGAGCAGGCAACCGGCUUGCCCCUGGAUGUGAACGUGGUGGCGUUAUUGAUGAACCGCACUGACCCUAAGAGCCUCAUCACGCAUGUGUGCGACCUCAUGUCCGGGGCGCGCAUCCAUGGCUUGGUGUUUGGAGAUGAUACGGACCAAGAGGCUGUGGCUCAGAUGCUGGAUUUUAUCUCCUCACAGACUUUCAUCCCCAUCUUGGGCAUUCAUGGGGGUGCAUCUAUGAUCAUGGCUGACAAGGAUCCGACAUCCACGUUCUUCCAGUUUGGAGCAUCCAUCCAGCAGCAAGCCACGGUUAUGCUGAAGAUCAUGCAGGAUUAUGACUGGCAUGUCUUCUCCCUGGUCACCACCAUCUUCCCUGGCUACAGAGACUUCAUCAGCUUCAUCAAGACAACAGUGGACAACAGCUUUGUGGGCUGGGAUAUGCAGAACGUGAUCACACUAGACACCUCUUUUGAGGAUGCCAAGACACAGGUCCAGCUGAAGAAGAUCCAUUCCUCUGUCAUCCUGCUCUACAGCUCCAAGGAUGAGGCUGUCCUCAUCCUGAGCGAGGCUCGCUCCCUUGGCCUCACCGGCUACGAUUUCUUCUGGAUUGUCCCCAGUUUGGUCUCUGGGAACACAGAGCUCAUCCCCAAAGAGUUUCCAUCGGGUCUCAUUUCAGUCUCUUACGACGACUGGGACUACAGCCUGGAGGCAAGAGUGAGAGACGGUCUUGGGAUCUUAACCACUGCCGCAUCUUCCAUGUUGGAGAAAUUCUCCUACAUUCCUGAGGCCAAGGCCAGCUGCUACGGACAGACAGAGAAGCCGGAGACCCCGCUACACACUCUGCACCAAUUUAUGGUCAAUGUGACGUGGGAUGGCAAGGAUUUGUCCUUCACGGAGGAAGGCUAUCAGGUGCACCCCAGGCUUGUGGUGAUCGUGCUGAAUAAGGACCGGGAAUGGGAAAAGGUGGGCAAGUGGGAGAACCAGACUCUGAGCCUGCGGCAUGCUGUGUGGCCAAGGUACAAGUCCUUUUCUGACUGUGAGCCAGACGACAACCACCUCAGCAUUGUCACCUUGGAGGAAGCCCCCUUCGUCAUCGUAGAAGACAUAGACCCACUGACUGAGACCUGCGUCAGGAACACGGUACCCUGUCGGAAGUUUGUCAAGAUCAACAAUUCAACCAAUGAAGGGAUGAAUGUGAAGAAGUGCUGCAAGGGGUUCUGCAUCGACAUCCUUAAGAAACUGUCCAGAACUGUAAAGUUCACCUAUGACCUCUAUCUGGUGACCAAUGGGAAGCAUGGGAAAAAGGUUAACAAUGUGUGGAAUGGAAUGAUAGGCGAAGUGGUCUAUCAACGAGCAGUCAUGGCCGUGGGCUCCCUCACCAUCAAUGAGGAGCGUUCUGAAGUGGUGGACUUCUCCGUGCCCUUUGUGGAGACAGGAAUCAGCGUCAUGGUCUCCAGGAGUAAUGGCACUGUUUCCCCUUCUGCUUUCCUUGAACCCUUCAGCGCCUCUGUCUGGGUGAUGAUGUUCGUGAUGCUGCUCAUUGUCUCUGCCAUUGCUGUCUUCGUUUUUGAAUACUUCAGUCCUGUUGGAUACAACAGAAACUUAGCCAAAGGGAAAGCUCCCCAUGGGCCUUCUUUUACAAUUGGAAAAGCUAUAUGGCUCCUCUGGGGCCUGGUCUUCAACAAUUCUGUGCCUGUCCAGAACCCUAAAGGCACAACCAGCAAGAUAAUGGUGUCAGUGUGGGCCUUCUUUGCUGUCAUCUUCCUUGCAAGUUACACAGCCAACCUGGCUGCCUUCAUGAUCCAGGAGGAGUUUGUGGACCAAGUGACUGGCCUCAGUGACAAGAAGUUCCAGAGACCUCAUGACUAUUCUCCGCCUUUCCGAUUUGGGACAGUACCUAAUGGAAGUACAGAAAGGAAUAUUCGUAACAACUACCCCUAUAUGCACCAGUACAUGACCAAAUUCAACCAGAGGGGUGUAGAGGAUGCCUUGGUCAGCUUGAAAACUGGGAAGUUGGACGCUUUCAUCUAUGACGCAGCUGUCUUGAACUACAAGGCCGGGAGGGAUGAAGGCUGUAAACUGGUGACCAUUGGGAGCGGGUACAUCUUUGCCACCACAGGCUAUGGAAUUGCUCUGCAGAAGGGCUCACCCUGGAAGAGGCAGAUUGACCUCGCUCUGCUCCAGUUUGUUGGUGACGGUGAGAUGGAAGAGCUGGAGACACUGUGGCUUACGGGCAUCUGCCAUAACGAGAAGAAUGAGGUGAUGAGCAGCCAGCUGGACAUCGACAACAUGGCAGGAGUUUUCUACAUGCUGGCUGCAGCUAUGGCCCUCAGCCUCAUCACCUUCAUCUGGGAGCACCUCUUCUACUGGAAGCUGCGCUUCUGCUUCACAGGCGUGUGUUCUGACCGGCCGGGGCUGCUCUUCUCCAUCAGCAGGGGCAUCUACAGUUGCAUCCAUGGAGUGCACAUUGAAGAAAAGAAGAAGUCUCCAGACUUCAAUCUGACUGGGUCACAGAGCAACAUGCUAAAGCUUCUCCGCUCAGCUAAAAACAUCUCCAACAUGUCCAACAUGAACUCCUCGAGAAUGGACUCACCCAAAAGAGCUGCUGACUUCAUCCAAAGAGGCUCACUUAUUGUGGACAUGGUUUCAGACAAGGGAAAUUUGAUAUACUCAGAUAACAGGUCCUUUCAAGGGAAGGACAGUAUAUUUGGAGAAAACAUGAAUGAACUGCAAACAUUUGUGGCCAACAGGCACAAGGAUAGUCUCAGUAACUAUGUGUUUCAGGGACAGCAUCCUCUCACUCUCAAUGAGUCCAACCCCAACACAGUGGAGGUGGCUGUCAGCACUGAAUCCAAAGGGAACUCCCGACCCCGGCAGCUUUGGAAGAAAUCCAUGGAGUCUCUACGCCAGGAUUCUCUAAACCAGAACCCAGUCUCCCAGAGGGAUGAGAAGACUGCAGAGAAUAGGACCCACUCCCUAAAGAGUCCUAGGUAUCUUCCAGAAGAGGUAGCCCAUUCUGACAUUUCUGAAACCUCAAGCCGGGCCACAUGCCACAGGGAGCCAGAUAACAAUAAGAACCACAAGACCAAGGAUAACUUCAAAAGGUCAAUGGCCUCUAAAUACCCCAAGGACUGUAGUGAGGUUGAACGUACCUAUGUGAAAACCAAAGCAAGUUCUCCCAGGGAUAAGAUCUACACCAUCGAUGGUGAGAAGGAGCCCAGCUUCCACUUAGAUCCUCCACAGUUCAUUGAAAACAUAGUCCUGCCUGAGAAUGUGGACUUCCCAGAUACCUACCAAGAUCACAAUGAGAAUUUCCGCAAGGGGGACUCCACGCUGCCCAUGAACAGGAACCCACUACACAAUGAAGAUGGGCUUCCCAACAAUGACCAGUAUAAACUCUAUGCCAAGCACUUUACCUUGAAAGACAAGGGUUCCCCACAUAGUGAGGGCAGUGAUCGAUAUCGGCAGAACUCCACGCAUUGCAGAAGCUGCCUCUCAAACCUGCCCACCUACUCAGGCCACUUUACCAUGAGAUCUCCUUUCAAGUGUGAUGCCUGUCUGCGGAUGGGGAACCUCUAUGACAUUGAUGAAGACCAGAUGCUUCAGGAGACAGGUAACCCAGCUACUCGUGAGGAGGCCUACCAGCAGGACUGGUCACAGAACAACGCCCUCCAGUUACAGAAGAACAAGCUCAAGAUUAAUCGACAGCACUCCUACGAUAACAUUCUCGACAAACCCAGGGAGAUAGACCUUAGCAGGCCCUCCCGGAGCAUAAGCCUCAAGGACAGGGAAAGGCUACUGGAGGGCAACUUAUAUGGGAGCCUGUUCAGUGUCCCCUCAAGCAAACUCUUGGGGAACAAAAGCUCCCUUUUCCCCCAAGGUCUGGAGGACAGCAAGAGGAGCAAAUCUCUCUUGCCAGACCAUACCUCUGAUAAUCCUUUCCUCCACACGUAUGGGGAUGACCAACGCUUAGUUAUUGGGAGAUGUCCCUCGGACCCUUACAAACACUCAUUGCCAUCACAGGCAGUAAAUGACAGCUAUCUUCGGUCAUCCUUGAGGUCAACAGCAUCCUAUUGCUCCAGGGACAGUCGGGGCCACAGUGAUGUGUAUAUUUCAGAGCAUGUUAUGCCUUAUGCUGCAAAUAAGAAUAACAUGUACUCUACCCCCAGGGUUUUAAAUUCCUGCAGCAAUAGACGCGUGUACAAGAAAAUGCCUAGUAUUGAAUCUGAUGUCUAAGAUCUUCCAUCAGUGUUUAUCUAUAAGGAAACAUGUAGAAUGGCCAACAUUAUAGAGGGUAAACGUUGGAUGUCCAAUAGCACCCUACUAGGAGGAAGAGGAUAUAGGGAGGUAUUUUUUUGUUGGCUCUUUUGCACAUGGCUCCAUGCCAUAAUCUUCCACUCAAGGAAUCUUAUGAGGUAUGUGCUGAGCACAGCACAUACCAGAUAGGUGAAUCCUUAACCAAAAACAAAUGAAUACAUGUGGGCAGGUCUCCCAGACAUGGUGACUGGGUAUGGUGGCAAUAAUGGUGCAUCAGAGGGUGAUGGUUAUAUUGUGGUUGCCUAUAUUCCAAAUUCCAUGAAGAUCAAUCCACCAUGUAACUUCCCCAUCAGAAAUGCCUCACAGUUUCUCUAAUACAGAAUAAGCAAUAUGGUAUGCAUGUAAGUCUGACCCAGACAAUAAGACAGUUAAGAAUGCAUCUGCACUGUAAUAAGAUUGACAUGUGCAAGGUUUAAGAAGUUUGGCUUGUAACAGUUCUCAGCUUUCUUGUUAUGCCUUCCAUUACAACCCUGGAUCAGCCCCCACAAACUCCAGGUUCCCCCCAAAGAAUAGCAAAUCAGUGUGUUUGUGGUACCUACACUACUUUCAUUGUAGUCUUCCCCCAAGACACACCUGGAACAAAUAGCCACAGGGACUCUCAGGUGGAGAACUGUAAGAAUCUCUUUGGAUGUUAAUGUGUGUGUAUCUCUCACCCUCAGCUUCAAUGGUCUUGUUCAGAGCUGCAUAAACACUUUUAUGUCUUCGAUAUCUAAGUGUGGAUCUUCUGUCUAUGACAUAGUGGCCGUUGUAGUUUAUCUUGAAGACUCUUAUGUACGUAAGUUUGCAUUCCUCCCUUCUGGUGAUGACUCAGGGUUGUAUAGUAUCUCUUACCCGAUCCCUCCCAGAGUAAUUGUAACAUGUUCUGUCCCCAGACAGCCACGAUGGUGUCUAAUUAGCUAUGUGUUGUGUUCCCAGAGUUGUUAAUGUGGUGACAUGUGCCAGCAGCCAUGUGUAAUCUAUAAGAAGUACAAUGCCAUCCGUGUGCCCAAGGCAAGCAUGGUUUUACAUUUAUGUCCCUUAAUGUCAGGAAACUCUAUUAGACACUUAUUUCUAUACAAACCACCUCAAAUCAAAACCUUUCAGACAUCAGCCACUUGUGCAUCUCCCCACCCCCACCCCCAGCACCCUCCCAACUAUGGAUAAACCCAGUUUAAAAAAAAGGGGGAUUUCUUUCCUCUGAAAUGUGCACCUUCUUGGAGGUGCACCUCUUGCCCAGCACCAACAGAAACCAACGAGAAGUCUUCAAAGCAUUUGUCAUUCCUGAGCUGCCUGCGUUGUCCUCUUCUUGGCCCACUAAGCCUGCGCAUAUAUGAUAGAACAGAUAGUCAUUAGUUUAAAAAAAAUGAAGCCAGUGAGGGGAAUAUUCAUGCAUGGAAAAUUUCUUAGCACAUAAUUUUUUACCACAUUUUUAAAAAGACUCAAAAUGUAGUUAUGAUACUUUAUUAUACAAGGACAUACCACAGAAACAGAAAAUAAUAUGAAUUAAAGAUUUUAUAUGGUUCUUUUCUAGCAUUUAGUACAUUUCAAACGCACUAUUGUCCUUGAAAUAGCCUGGCUAGCUGGCCAUGGUAUUUUGCAUGAGACUUUAGUCAGUUGGGUAACUCUCUCCCAUGAAGAAUCCUAAUCAUUUCUUGUGUUUUCUCUUACUGAAUCUUGGGUUGGGUUCUUGGAGAAAGGGACAGCAUGACAAGUUAAAAUUUCAUCCCAUUUCUUUUCCUCAUGCUGUUAUGUUUUGUAGGUGGAAUUAUUCUGUAGUUGAGCAGGGAAGGGUCUCUUAGAUCUUGGGGCUGCUUCAGACGAAGCUAGCAGUGGAAAAGUUCAUUUGACCUACAGUGUUCUACAAUGACAAAAAGUGAGGCAAUAGACUAGAGGGCCAGUGGUGGAGUGGCAUAGGGGUGAGGCAUCUCUCCUCCUGUGCUCCUUCAGAACACAGAGGGGCUAGGGUGGAGCUUGAGGUUGAUAAGCUUUAAAGUCACAUUUUAUCCCCUGGAUGGAGGCAUCCUUUCCUUCCCCAAGUCCCAGAGAUGGAGAAAUGUGUGUUAGAGAACCUGGAAUGGUCUCCCCAGUUUUUUACCUUAAAACUGGGCUUCAGUGUUUGUAGUGUCUUUUAAGCCCUUCACUUUGUCUCUCCAUUGCAUCCCAAACCUGUAUUCCUCCUGCUAGGGCCACUGCUGUGUCAUCACAGAACUGACUCUUAAGCCUCCCUGGAAUACAGAAUGGUGACUUGUCACAAAUCCUCGAAGCAUUCUGUUUUCCUGGAUUGUCCUCACAGCCCAGGGUGCUAGUGAAUGCCCACAUUUCAGUGGGAGUACAGAUGACACUCCUACUGCCUCCUCAAACCCUUCUCUGGAAAAUUCAGAGAUCAUUUCUGCUAUUACCUCUAUACAAAAGAAGUUAAAAUGAGGCUUUUGGAAAAAUCAGCCACAUAAUGGGAAAGAAUACAUUUGUUAUAACACCAAGAUAUUUACAAAAAUAAGUCUUGGUCGUUAGGGGCUGUAUGAUAAACAUUUGCUUUUCCCCCUCCACAAAUCCACCGACUCUUAUAAGUGAUGAUUUCAAAGAAGGAAGUGAGGUGAUCAGGUUCCAAGUGAAAGAUAACCAUGUGGGCUUGUUUGAAGGAGUCCUUUCAAAAACUAAUCCAGGGAGUGGCAAAUGGCACCUAAGGUGGUGAUGAGGACUGGACAGGAGGCCCUGGCCUGAGCAUCAGGUAGAGGACCCCUGUGUUAGACCCAACCUCUGAGUUCUUAGACUCACAGAUGCUAAGAAGCCAGUGUCUUUGAAUCCAAAGGCCUGACCUUUCCCUGGACUAAGUAAGGGCAGCCGCUCUUGGCAGUUGUCUUGGCAGCUCUUGUGCUUUCCACUUUGGAAAGGAGCAGCGUGGUCCUCAGAUGGGAAUACUUGGAGGCAAAUAGCCAUGCUUCUGUCCUUACACCCAAACUGAUUUACAUUCUCUGCAUAAGAGAAGCUCCCCAAGCAUGACCCUCACUCUGCCGAGCCGCAGUCCUCUGGGGAUCAGGUCCACCAUCCUAAUACCUGCAGGUUUUAAUAUACUUCUGGCUUCAAUGCUGCAAGAAGGCAAGCUCCUAUGGAUCUGUCUUCCUGCAUGCGACUCAAGGGAUGAUGACCUCAGCCCUGGUGACUGCUCUGUCCUCAGCACUAGUGGCAAUUUCCUGCCAUGCUCUGGGUUCUUCUUUCCCUGCCUCAAAGGGUUCCUGAGAAGACUUAAUACUUAGUUAGCUUUCUGGUGGAAGCAUCAAAAUCUAUCCAUUUCAGCAAGAACUGUCAAACCAAUUCACACUUAGGUUCUGGGCAGAAGAAAAGAAAAUUACACCUUGUUUACAAAUGAAAUAGUUUCAUUUAAAUGGGACUUGAGCCAAGGCAGUUAAUUAGUCAAAAGAUCCAUGGUAGUCACAGGUCUCUCGGUGUUUAUUCCAUUUGGUAUGUCUACUGCUGUUAUGUAUUUAAUAUUCUGCAUCCUUCUCAGGAAAUGACAAAUGCCCUGAAUUCUUUGCAAAUAGAAUUGCUAAUGAAAAAGAAAGUUGGUGUUAAUUAAAUGAUGAUUAAAAAUUUAUUUCCCUUAAACCUAAAAAGUGAAGCUUUAAUAAUUGCUUGUCAAAUAAAUAAAUACCUUGCAAUGAGGUUUCUUAUGGUUUAAGACCUAAAUAAAUACUGAUUCAAGAAACCAAAAUCUCUUUCAAAGGAGUUGAAGGUACCCAAUAGCAUUAUGCACAUUCCUGGACUGCUUCUUUGUGAGGAGCUGUCUUGUGUGAAUCCUUCAGCAAAGGACAGAAGCUGUUUCAAGGUGGAGCUGUUUGGCACUAAUGUUGGCUAUAAUAGACUUACCUGGACUUCAAGAAAUAGAAUUUAAACAGGAGGAAGCCAAAUUUAUCAGUCCAUAUUUAAUAGUAAUUCAAGCUCUAAAGGAAAGAGCCCUAGGGCUGGAGAGAUGGCUCAGUGGUUAAGAGCACUGGCUGCUCUUCCAGGGGUCCUGAGUUCAAUUCCCAGCAACCACAUGGUGGGUCACAACUGCCUGUAACUUUAGUUCCAGGGGAUCUGGCACCUCACACAGACACAUAUGCAGGCAAAGCAUCAAUGCACACAAAAAUAAUACAUCUUUAAAAAACAAAAGAAGAAAGAAAGACAGAAAAGAGACCUUCCUUCCAAAAGCAUUGUUCAUUUGCACUUGAGUCAAGAAUUGGCCUGUCUGUGCCUCCCUCUUCUUUUGGUUAAAUAGGGUCAAAAUAUUCAUCGGGAGUUUUGGGGUCUCUACUUGAAAAGUUUUUCCAAUACAGAGUUGCCCUUUUUCAGUCAGCCAUUUUCCUAUGUACUGUGUUCAUCUCUAGUUGUCUCUGAUGAGGUCAGCUUGACACAGAUCAGAGGUGACUGAAUGCACUUCUGUGAAUACAGUUGCUCAUGUACACAUGUAUAUAUUAUACAUGCUUGAUUUCUACAGCUCACACUUAAGUGUAUUAUCCAAGCAAAUCUGUACAUAUUGUAAAGUUUACGUUAAAAAUUAAAUGGUGGUGGUGGUGUGAACACACAGAAAAAAAAUUCUGAUUAUUUUGAUAGGAGGGUAUUUAUGUAGAGAAGGCAUUAUAUUUUUUUAACUAUCAGCUCUAGGAAGGAUGACAGGGCUCAGGGGAUUUGAGCACUGAUGCUCUUUGUCCCCUUAAGGAACAAAAUUAUGGGGAGAAGAAUGUGCAAUAUUUUCUGCUUAUGUUGGCUUUGGAAUAUGAUACUGGUGUGGACUUAUAUGUGAUGUGUGUAAACCCAUCAAAAGACAUAGAUUUUUCUAUUUAAAUUUCUUUUCUCUUUUGGCUCAUUCUGUGCCUAGAAGUGCUGUCAGCAUAGAAAAAGUUCAAGGUACCUUCUUGGAAGGGUCUAAGAGUAAAUGGAUUUUGUGGAAUGAUACCAAGACUUUAGGAAAGGGGAAUAAGGGAGGGUGACAAGGGACAGUAGUCUGUCUAAGAUGAAGUCAGAAAGCACUGGAGUUGGGGCUGGAGCCCAAGACUCAGUUCUGAUUCCUAGCUUGGUACCCUUUACUAGGCUGACCUAUGUCUGGGUUUCUUUUAGGAAAACACCCUCCAUGCAUUCCUCUGGAGUAAGAGUCAGAGAAAGUCACAGAACUGACCUGGCUCUCAUUGCCUCCUGCUCUUUGCCGAUUCAGGCAUGACUUUUUGAAUUUGGUUUUUCUUUAAGCUCCUUUGCGAUCCCUCAUUUUCUCAAGAUCUCGAGGAAGAGGGGGUCUUUCUUCAGGGAUCUAUCCUCUAGAUAAGAUCCACAAAGGACACAGUUUAAAGCUUCAAACCAAAGAUUAAAAAAAAAAAAAAAAGCUGUCAGCCAUCAGUGAUUAUACUGUGCUGUUGGACAUGUGACACCAAUCUGCCCGUAGGGAACGGGCACAGUGACACUUUCCUCUAAUGUCCAGUUUGGCACUGAGGGCAUGCAGAUGGACUGGAAAGUAGAACCUCUUUCUGUAAGCAGUCCCUGGUUUGAAAAGUGAAUUCCAAUAUACAAAAGAUAAGCCAAAACUGUAAAACAAAAACAGAUUAAAUGCUGAAAAUUAGAAACAGACUGUAAUGCUAUUGUAAGGAGACCAAAAAUUAAUUGAUACUGAAAUCAAACACCUUUGAAAAGUCCUUUCCUGAGUUUUCAGGAACUUUGGAAAAUGCGGUUAGUGUCACUGGAAAUAGUCUUGAUUUA